UGGCUAAUCGCCUCCAACGGCAACUAGCUGAGAAAAAGGGUAGAGAAGACAAGAUGGCGGAAUGAGUGGGUUGUACUUUGUACAGACGGUUUCGACCCUUAAAGUUUGCCGAAAGCGUUUUUAAAAGAUUGAAGGAGAAACAAUAUCUGCGAGAGUAUAAAAAUCAGCUUUUGUCCCUCAUUGCGGUGGAAGUCUCGAUAUCUUUCCGUUGCGGUCUUUACGACGGCGUUAGCUUAAUGCUAACAUUAGCUUUGACUCACAUUAGUUGCUACUUAGCUUGUUGGUUGUUAAAGGCCUUAGGCUUUUUCUGAUUUAGUUCUGAAUGUUUGUGCGUCGUUCCUAAUACGCCAUUGAGCGUUUAUCUGAAGAGUCUGUAUUUUAACUAAGCUCUUUGUAACCACACGAAAGCCAAAAAGAAAAGAAAAACUAUAUGAGAUCUGUCGAAGCUCGGUUCAUUCGUUGUCGAAAAUAGUUUAGUUAACAGCUAGUCCACAUUAUCCCCAGUAAAGGCAAGUGGAAGUACGGGACUCUGCAUGUUCUGCUGACAAUCGGGCUAAAUUGCCACAGAAUUUCCUAAAGCAAAUCAGGUGGAAUUUUGUAUCUAGUGGAUAUUAUGGCGAGCAGCAGUGGCUCUAAAGCUGAAUUCAUAGUCGGUGGAAAAUACAAACUCGUCAGAAAAAUUGGAUCGGGAUCUUUCGGCGACAUAUAUCUGGCCAUCAACAUCACAAAUGGAGAGGAAGUAGCUGUUAAAUUGGAAUCACAAAAGGCCAGACAUCCGCAGUUGUUAUACGAAAGCAAACUGUACAAAAUCCUACAAGGUGGUGUUGGGAUUCCACACAUCAGGUGGUAUGGCCAAGAGAAGGACUACAACGUCCUAGUUAUGGAUCUGCUUGGUCCCAGUCUGGAGGACCUGUUUAACUUCUGCUCUCGCCGUUUCACCAUGAAAACUGUCCUUAUGCUGGCAGACCAGAUGAUCAGCAGAAUUGAGUAUGUACACACAAAGAACUUCAUCCACAGAGACAUCAAACCAGACAACUUUCUCAUGGGCAUUGGCCGUCACUGUAACAAGUGUUUAGACUCGUCAGUGGGGAAGAGGAAAAGAAGCUUGGCUGUUAGCUCUUCUCAGGAUCCAUCUUUCUCAGGAUUAAACCAGUUGUUCCUAAUUGACUUUGGUUUGGCAAAGAAGUACAGAGACAACCGAACACGACAGCACAUCCCAUACAGAGAAGACAAGAAUCUGACUGGCACAGCACGCUAUGCUUCCAUCAAUGCGCACCUGGGCAUUGAACAGAGUCGCCGUGAUGACAUGGAGUCACUAGGCUACGUGCUGAUGUACUUCAACAGAACCAGUCUGCCAUGGCAGGGAUUAAAGGCUGCCACAAAGAAGCAGAAGUAUGAAAAGAUCUCAGAAAAGAAGAUGUCCACCCCUGUUGAGGUUCUCUGUAAGGGUUUUCCAGCAGAGUUUGCCAUGUAUCUGAACUACUGCCGUGGCUUGCGCUUUGAGGAGGCUCCAGACUACAUGUAUCUGCGUCAGCUGUUUCGCAUCCUCUUCAGGACUCUGAACCACCAGUAUGACUACACAUUUGACUGGACCAUGCUGAAACAGAAAGCAGCUCAGCAGGGGGCCUCCUCCGGGGGCCAGGGCCAGCAGGCACAAACCCCCACAGGCAAGCAAACUGACAAACCCAAGCCUAACAUGAAAGGUUUUUGAGAGGUCUGCUUUGAGUAGAGCUCCUGAAGUGUUGGUGACCAGGACUAACAAGUCUCUCUUCCUGGACAAGCGGCAAAGUCUCUUUCCUUCCAUCAUAACUGUCUAUGUAAUGGAAAUAUAUAGAUUUACACACACCUUUGUCAGUUGUGUUAUCUAUAUAUUCAUUUGUGUAUAUAUAAUAAACCCUCCAUUCUGAAAGAAAAUCUGUUUUUUAGGAUGUGGAGGCUGUAGCCCCUUGCCUCACCCCGACACACGCACACACCCCUUUCCCCAGCCAUUCAUCUGUCCCUGUCUGUCCUCCUCCUGACUUUGUUUCUUUGGAAACUGAAGUUAAGAUCAGCUGACCCGUUUUUCUCUCCCAGUAGAAACAUCUCAAAGCAUCUCUUCUCCCACUCCUUAAUUAUUUCACUCCUUCCUUUUUACCAAGCAAAUGUUAAAACAUGUAAACCUAAACCCCCCCCCCCCCCCCCCCCCCCUUUCUUUUUUUUUUUUUUUUUUUUUUUGGUUUAUAAUUGAAUGACACAACCCUGGAUGUUAUUUACUAAAAAAAAAAAAUCAAAAAUGUUGGAUUUUUUUUUUUCCGUGUUUUCUUUUCCUAUGGUGAUUAGGAGUUUGCCUGUUAAUAAGCAGUGGAUGGCAAAGCCAAUGUUAGAAUGAUACUCUGGCUCUCCCUCUCUAGAGCUCUGAAUUAUUAAAUCUGUUGUUAAAUCUUCUCCAUAAAUGCCAAUAAAAGCAUUACAUAACUCAGA